ACAGAAUAAUACGUUUAGUACGGGCGGGGCGAGGACGCUCGGUGGACUCUUUUAACUAAUAGAAACUUACCUUGCUGGCUAUCACUGACAUCACACAAUCAUCUACUCAUCAUCUUCUCCCAUCAUCACCUUCGUCAUCGAACGGUUAAGGAACGAAGAGACAGACGAAAGAUACUUAAAACCCCAAAGGGGAGACCUAAUUUAGCAACAAAAACAAAAAAACCAAGCUUAACCUGUAGCUGUAAACUAUCCCUUAAAGAAUCGACUGUAACUGUCUCCUAUCCUUACACUAAAGAGGUGCCACAGGGGCGUCCGCUACUACCACUACCACUGAAACUACUGUUACUACUACUACUACUACUGCUACUACUGCUACUACUAUUGCUACUAAUUGCCACACUCACUACUCAUAGCCAAAAGUGUUUUGUACAUGCGAUAGCGUUAAGAAUGUUGGCACUGACUGCCUAUCGUUUCCAUUUUGUAGCAUAAUCAGAAAUCACGUCAUCAUCGUUCAUCUAGGCAGUAAGUUCGGAAGAGUAUAGAUUAGCUGUCAGGUACAGCUGUAUACUUUCCACUGAGGUACAUUCGAUUUCUUUCUCGGAAGAUAUGUUUUGAUCAUUCAAGGACAAGCACUUUUACUUUAUCAAACUGAUGAGCCAUAAUUUUUUUUUAAUCUUUCAUAUCCUUUAACACCCUUCUGAUUCGCUGCAUUCGCCUGCAGAUAUCCAUUCUACCCCUAGCUUCACUGCCUAGAAACUUCACAACCUACCAUCCAUCUUUCACCCAUUCUCUUAUUCCUUUUCCCACCCCAAACGGGAGUCCCAGAGUCCAAGAACAAGUUAACAAGUGUGGCACAUUCAGAAAAAAACAGAAACAAAAAAUGGUCCAGUUGCAACCAUGAGCAUUCGAAACAGGCUAACAGGGGCUGCGGGUAUGCAUUUCACUGUACAUAGGCAAACUGCACCGCGCGAGCUAGCUAAAGGCAAACGGGGCAAUAGGGAUGAGCGAACAGAUAAGCCAAAAUAAAGUAAUAAUUGUCAGUAAACCGCGAGAGUGCGAAGGUGAGGCGGGUGAGGGAAUAACAUAACAAACCAUAUUAUCUAGGGGUUAGUGUUGAUGUGGCGUUAAGCGAGCGAAAGAUAAAAGCUCGUACGCAUUCUUCGAGUUAGCUAAUUGUGUUUCACAUCCGCUGUUCUUAAAGGACAGCAGCAGGAACUUUGAGUUCGAAACCAUCACUAAACCGGACAGUAAAGUGGCAAUGUACACUGAAUAACGUUGUAGUGACAGGGAGGGCGUCAAGUGGUGCAUACCAGAUGUUUUGUUAGCAGCAGUGACUUGUAAGAUCCUCUUUCAGUGAAGGAACGAACCAAUGCUACGUUGUGUUGACAUAAACUGCUAUCGUUUAUCUAUAAAAAAGCUCUUCAAACAUUUUCGGUAAAACACCAAACAACAAUUUUGUGGAAAGAUUCAUACCAUCAGCAACGAGCGCUUGAUCGCUCUUAGUCACUGUGAACUGCUAUCAAUAAUUGAUGGAGCUCUAUCAUUGAGGCGAUUAUCGCGUGCUAACCGACCGAAACCCACACCAAAAUGCUACCGAGCGGAAAAGCGCCACAGGAAGCCAACAGUAGUUUAACACAACAGAAAUACCAAAACCCAAACCAAA